AACAGGGAUGUUGAGCCCAAAGGUGUUUUAAAGCGUUGCAGAGGAGUGGAUAUUUUACAUCGUUUUUUUUUUUUCAUUCAUUUUCCAUUUUUUUCGUCCUCACGCCUGGAUUUUAAAGCUCUGGUUUGGCCACAUUUAUGGAUUGCUGAGAGGACGCAGGACUGGUGACUCACGAUGGCCAUGGCUCUGGAUGCAGUGUGGGUGAGGGUGAAGAAUGUGUGCAAACAGAAUGGGCUCCUCAUCAUGUCAGUGAUGGCUGUGGUCAUUGGCUGUCUUCUGGGCUUCUUCCUGAGGACACGGCGCCUCACGGAGCAGGAGGUGAAGUACUUUCAGUUUCCUGGUGAGCUGCUAAUGAGGAUGCUGAAGAUGCUGAUUCUCCCUCUCGUUGUAUCCAGUUUGAUGUCAGGGCUGGCAGCUCUCGAUGCAAAGUGCUCCAGUCGGCUCGGUCUGAUCACGGUAUCUUAUUACCUGUGGACCACCUUUGUGGCUGUGAUUGUGGGGAUCAUCAUGGUCUCCAUCAUCCAUCCGGGAGGUGCGGCCCAGAAAGAGCACUCCGAGGACAGCGGCAAGCCCAUCAUGAGUUCUGCAGAUGCACUGCUGGACCUGAUCCGCAACAUGUUUCCAGCAAAUCUGGUCCAGGCCACGUUUCAGCAGUAUCGAACAAGCAGCGAGUACAUAGUGAAGAGCAGACCAGCAGUGAGUCAGGCGCAGUCAGAGUCCACCACGCGGCGAGCGCUCAUCUACGGCAUUCAGGACGACAAUGGGACCGACAUCCAGAACUUUGCUCUUGACCUGACCCCCCCGCCUGACGUUCUUAUCCGGACUCGGGAAGGAACAAGCGAUGGAAUGAAUGUCCUUGGAAUUGUUAUUUUUUCAGCCACCAUGGGUAUUAUGCUGGGGAGGAUGGGGCCAAACGGCAGCGCCUUGGUGAACUUCUGCCAGAGCCUGAAUGAGGCUGUCCUUAGAAUUGUUGCCAUUGUUAUAUGGUACUUUCCAUUUGGCAUCGUUUUCCUGGUGGCUGGAAAGAUCCUGGAGAUGAGCGAUCCGUCAGCCAUGGGGAAGAAGCUGGGUUUCUAUGCCGUCACCGUGGUGUUUGGUUUGGUGUUGCACGGCUUGUUUAUCCUGCCUGCCAUGUACUUCUUCAUCACCAAAAAGAGCCCCAUUGUUUACAUACGGGGAAUCUUGCAAGCCCUGCUCAUUGCACUGGCAACUUCGUCCAGCUCAGCCACUUUGCCUAUAACCUUCAAGUGCCUCUUAGAGAACAACCACAUUGACCGUCGCAUCAUCCGCUUUGUGCUUCCUGUGGGUGCAACCAUCAACAUGGAUGGCACCGCUCUCUAUGAGGCUGUGGCGGCGAUAUUCAUCGCACAAGUUAAUAAUUACGAGCUGGACUUCGGUCAGAUCAUCACCAUCAGCAUCACCGCUACUGCAGCCAGCAUCGGUGCAGCAGGGAUACCACAAGCCGGACUGGUCACCAUGGUGAUAGUGCUAACAUCCGUCGGGCUGCCAACUGAUGACAUCACUCUCAUCAUUGCAGUAGACUGGGCUUUAGACAGAUUUCGCACUAUGGUCAAUGUAAUGGGGGAUGCUUUGGCUACAGGCAUCAUGGCACACAUCUGCAGGAAAGACUUCAUGAAAGAGGGAGAUGGGGUGCCCUUGAUCUGUGAGACCAAAACAGCAAUGAGCACCCCACCUGUGAUGAACUGCCACAACAACAACGGCAACUGCCGACCCCCUCCUCCAGGGAUCAAACACGAGUUCAUCCCGCCCGACGUCGCCCAACUCAUUCAGCUGGAGGAGGGCAUUCGGCCGCUUUCAGAUAGAAAGAAACCUCCGAUUCCUCCAAGGCAUCUGAAGAAGAGCAAAGAACACUGCACGAUUGAUAUGAAUGGCCUUGAGACCAACGUAUAGCCUCCUGUUGGAGUUCGGCAGGUUGUCUGUAAGUUUUGCUGAAAGGAGCUCUGCAGCGUGGCACACCUGAGGACGAUACACCUGAUACACCUGAGGACGAACCUCAUCUUCAUCUUUCAGAUUAUUGGUUCCAAAAGGACAUUUUAAAGCAGAGCAGGUGAAUAAGACUGAACAAUAGUACAUUCGCAGUGGACAACAAUAAGGUUUCUUUAAACUCAUCCUUGGUCCUGUUAGUACUUGCAUUGAUUAAAUUAUUUUUAUUUGAUAUAUACAUUUUUUAUGGAUAGAAUUUUUUGACAAUGUGUUUUUCUUAUGUUUUGUACUGCUGUACUACAAGCAGCGAGCUGACUGCAUUAUAAGAGAUGAGCCAGGAUGUUUGCUUGGAGCUAAAUGAUCAGGAGGCAAAGUGAAAUGCACAAAUUCUUUAAGUUUGCCUUAACAAAGCUGGUGGUGCUAGGCUGACGGUGAUCACGGGGGAGGAGGAAGUUAAAUGAAUUUGUUCCUACGCCUGUAGUGAUGUUAUAACUUUGAUAUGUGGGUAAAACAGAGAUUUGAAAUGUUUUAUGUAUUUAGGACAGCCUCAGGAUUGAUGUCAUUAAGCUUCUUGGCACAUGAACAGCCUCAAAACAUCCACCAGUAAUUUAAUUGUUUGACGGUUGACGUGACAUCAAACAGGAUU